AUGGGAAGUGAUGAAUAUGCACUUUCAUGGCUAUCUAGUGAAGGAGAUUGUGAACGUGGUUGUUUGGAUGACUGUAAUUGUGUGGUGGCUCUGUAUAAAGAUCAAUAUUGCAGGGAGCUGAAACUACCAUUGAGAUAUGGGAAGAGAACUGCGAGUCAAUCCAUAAGAGCUUUCAUUAAGUCGAGAAUUGGAAGCUCAAGUAGAGAUACCCAUUCCAAAACAAUUGUUGUCAAUAAAAUCAUUACCAAUAGACUCGGCAAAGAGUUUCUCAUAGUGGGUCUUGUUCUUAUGGCCUUAUCUUUGAUAACUUUUGUUUCUUGUGGCUUCUUGAUUUACAGAAACAGGAUAUGGAGCUACCAGGUGAUCUCAAAGAAUGCAAAUCUUCAGUCAGAUUUUGUUGAAGAAAUCAAUUUGAAAUCGUUCACAUAUAAUGAGCUUGCACAAGCAACUAAUAAUUUCAAGGAAGAGCUCGGUAGGGGCGCUUUUGGAAGGGUUUACAAGGGUUCCUUACCAAGAGGAAGGAGAGAAAUUGCAGUGAAGAAGCUAGAGAGGGUGGCUGAAGAAGGAGAAACCGAGUUCCAGACAGAGAUGAAGGUAAUUGGGAGGACCCACCACAGGAACUUGGUACAAUUGCUUGGAUUCUGCAGUGAAGACCUCCUCUUCAAGGCCCAAAUGCUUCCUGAAUGGAAAGAGAGAGUCAGAAUCUCUAUAGAAAUAGCAAGAGGAAUCCUCUAUCUACAUGAGGAAUGCCAAACCCAUAUCAUCCAUUGCGACCUAAAGCCUCAUAACAUUCUCAUGGAUGAUGUAUGGACUGCAAAGAUUUCAGAUUUUGGACUGGCGAAGCUGCUGAUGCCGGACCAAACAAGGACAUUCACCACCCCGAGAGGAACAAGAGGGUACCAAGCCCCAGAGUCGCACAAGAAUGAACCGGUAACAGUAAAAGCAGAUGUUUACAGCUUUGGAACCUUGUUACUUGAAAUCAUUUGUUGCAGGAGGAAACUUGAAUUAUCAGUUGCAGAGGAAGAGAUAAUUCUAUUGGAGUGA